AUGUCUUUGCUAAAGACUCAGUACGUAAAUGACAACGACACAAAUUUAGAAGAAAAAAAAUAUCGGGAUGACCAUGACAAAUUAUUAUACGAUUGUUACCGCAGACCAAAUGCACGCUCGUCAGACGAAAAUUAUGACAUCGGGAAUGACAUCCGUGAUUUUCAUCUAAGAGAUACCAUAAUGCCAGAGAAGUUGUUCAAAGUAAUCAUAAUAGGAGACCCGACUGUGGGCAAGACUGCGUUUGUCAAACGAUAUGUACAAAAAUCAUACAGCAGAGAGUACAAGGGUACCGUUGGUGUUGAUUUCGCAUUAAAAAUUAUCAAAGUUUCCGAAACGGAAACUAUUAAAUUACAACUAUGGGAUAUUGCAGGUCAAGAGAGGUUUACGUGGAUGACCCGCGUAUACUACAAAGACGCACAUGGAUGUGUGAUUAUGUUUGAUUUGUCAAAUAAGAAUUCGUUUUUAAACACUCUCAAGUGGAAAAAAGAUGUGGAUGCAAAAUGCACUCAAGUAGACGGCGGUCCCAUACCGUGCAUGUUGUUGGGAAAUAAAUGCGAUUUGCCCCAACGUCAAAUCGAUCAAUUGGAUAUCGAGGCGUUCUACAAAGAGAACAAUUUUAUCGGCUGGACAGAGACUUCGGCUAAAGACGGGUUGAUGGUCAACGAUUCCAUGCAGUUUUUAAUCAACUCGAUGAUGGGUCAGUACAACGACGAAACUGACCAACCAGAACUCGUAAAACUCUCCGGUCCUAAUGCGGAGACCAAGAAAUCGUGUUCAUUUUGUUAG